AUGCCUCAUAAAUCACCCGCCCAGAGAAGCGGCAAGGUGCCUGCCCCGUCACCGAUAGACUACCCGACUGAGCGUGCCCAACGAGCGGCACAGCGCAUUUACAAAGACUGCGGCUUAUGGCCGGCUGACUUCGCAAGAGGUUUUGGACCAGACUCUUGGAGUGUUCAACUGACGACCGAACUCUCGGUUUUGAUUCAGCUCACUAUCGCUGCGAAAAAUGUCCAGCUUGAUGAUGUGCGGCAGAGAUUGAAGGCGCUGACUGCCAAGCAUAUACGCGCUGACCAUCAGCGACUUCUUCGGUCCGACAUCGCCAAGGUGCGGGACUGGCUCAGAGACAGCAAAGGAGUAGAUACCAAACGACCGCGACCAUCAACUGGCAAUCUCGUCAAAAGCGACCUUAUUGAUGAUGACGAAGACGAUGAGGAUGAUGCCAAUGAGACUGAGGAAGAACUCGAGAUCGUUGCAAAAGGAAUCGAAGUUGAUGGAGGCGAAUACGAUGAGGAUGAUGACUUGACCGAGGAAGAGAGCGAGCAGGGUGCAGAGGAGCACAACACGCCAAGCAAAGGCAGGGAGACUCACGAGAUAAGCUCAGAUGAUGAUGAUGACAUCGUGGAAGUCGCACCACAUACAACAGCAUCUCUCUCCAAGUCCGUGGGUCACUCCAGAGUUAGUUCCAACAACGUCAACGCUACACCAAGACCUGCUAUACGUGAGCCAUAUACCACCGCAACGUUCGCGAAGCCCAGCAGUUCCGGCUCUAACGCGGCUUCAAACACGGCUCUUCACCCCAGACCAAAUCGCAAUGUUGUCCUCGGUAAAUCGCAUGGUGCUACCCAAGCCAGUUCUAAGAGUGCCUCCUCAAGUUUGGGCAACCUCAGUCCCCUACCGCCAAAGGCCGCUGCCAUCUCUUCGAGAACUGAUCGUGAGACUAUCGGCAUCCCUCGAAACAAUUCUGUCGGCUCUACCGCAACGCCUGACAGUCCUGCUGCGCCGUCUCCACAAAGCUCAGUUAAACCUCGUGGUGUCAUUUCCGUGCCUGUCGGCAGACUCGACAGACGGCCCGGCACCAGCCCAGCCAGCCCUAAAACACCGGUUGAGCCGUCGCAAAGCACUGUGGCAUCAGCCAUCAGACCCAGCAGUCAAGUGAACAAUGACCGUGCUGGGUCCCAACCAACCUCUACCAAUGCUGUAGAAGCUUCUACAAAAUCUCCAGCAUUACUCACUGGGCGUGGCGAAACACCUCGGACUAGGCCCUCCAGCCCCAACACAGCGCCAAACAGCGCAGUUCAACCCAGUCCCAAUGAUCCAUCGUCUCUGACUAGGCCUAACGGGCCACCAAAGACAAACUUUGCCAGCCGUAACCUUACCCCAAGCACUACUGCCCAGCCUGUACCAACUACGCCCGCACCCAUUGUCAGACCUAGCAGCCCAGCUAGAUCUAUCCUUAGCACAACACCAAAUCUCUCUGCUCAACCCUCACCAAAAUGGGGUGGCGUUCUUGGCCCUACCCAGGUCGCCAACGAGACCCGUGUUGCGAACACGAAACCAGCUUCAAACAGCAUUGUUCAGCCUAGUCCAACGAUCAAACCUAUUGCUACUCCGACCAUCGCCAAGUCUGGUACCCAACCUACCAUCGGACCAAGCGCCUCUGAUUCAACCACAAGCAAUGUCAUCAAUCAGACCAAUACUAUGAGCGCCGGGGUUGCCCCGAGCAACUCUAUCAGCCGAACAAGUUCUACGAGCUCUAACAUAGCACCGAAUAGCACCGCCCAGCCAAAGGCAGCCACUGCUCCAUCUCUCGUCAGAUCCAAUAGCCAAUCCGCAGCCAGUCCAAGCCACUCUGAUCGGGGCCCGAGCAACAUUGCCCAACCGAUAUCAGAUCCUGCAUUGACAAUUACUAGAUCUAACAGCCAACCUGAGAUCAAUCCUAGUAGCUCCUCAUCGACGCCCACCAUUUCCCGCCCUCGGCGUAAUAUCCAGCCACCCGUUCGACGGAUCUACGAUACCCCUCAAAGUUCCGUACGUUUGAGCGAGACUGGGCAGUCACGCAAGAGGCCAGCGGAAUCUCCAACACAAGUUUCUCCGAGGACCCCCAACCCACCCUUACCUCAACCUACUACAACCACGGCCAUAACUGCCACCAAUGUGUCUACUUCCCGGGCACGCGUUGUGCCCACUGUUGCGACCUCAUCACAGACAGCCCCCAGUCAGAACAACCAGUCCCGCAAUCUGAUGACGGGAAGUCAUACAAAUGGAAUGAACCCUCCAGCGAAGAGGCAGAAAACCAGUGAUCUGGGUGCACCACGUCCCUUAGCAGGUGCCACGUUGGAUUGGAGAUCAAUGCUGCCUUCUGGAGACGAGUUCAAAGAAAGCUUAAAGAUCGCCACCAUCAUUCUAUCACCAACAAUCGAGCGGUUCGAAGAGCUUUUAUAUGCCAUUGAUGCAGAAAUUCGUGCUCUCACGAGCAUUCAACGCACUCUCCAACUCAGGAGGGACGAACUCGCGCAAAACAAGGCCUCGGCUACAGACGCCCUGAAGGACGUUGACACAGAAACGUCCUCUGAGAAAAAGAUGUUGCAAGAUCUGGAAGAUCUUUCCAAGAAACACCCCGGUGAUGGCGAGUUUCGUGCAUUCAUUGACAAGCGCAAGAAAUCAAUCGUCGAGCACGAUGAAGUACGGACCAUUGUCAAAGAUCAGCUUGACAGGAGUGCGAGUGGUCUUGCCAAGGUUGAGCGAGAGCUGAACGUUGUUUUUAAGCGACUCAAGCAGCUCAAUGAGGAGAGGGUAGCGGUGGCGAAAGAGAAGGAAGGCGCUGAUACUGCAGCAAAACGGUUGAAUUUAAUGUCUCGGUUCAUGGAACCUGGCUGGCAAACCAGGUUGGAGAUGCUUGAAAGUAUGAUGGGAGACGAACGUGGCGCGUCGCAGCCCUGA